AUGUCGCCGCUCAGCAGCCUGAUGCCAGACGCAGAUGCACCUGCUCUAGAUACAGCAGGCUUUCCGGAUCUCAUCUUGGUGCUGGAGGCUCUGCAGCAGGUCUAUCCUUCCGAGCUCCGCGCUAUCGUCGAUCUACUCAAACACUGGGUCGAUCUUGAUCUUCGCGGCGACUUCGGUCCUCGCUUCACCGACUACCCAUCGCGACUCGAAUAUGAACCGUCCGUCGACGCAGGCAUACGCGUACUCGUUGACGGCAUGAUUCGUGACUCACCCAAUCUACCUGGCGGACUUGACUUUCUAUCGACCUUGUUCAGCGCCAGCGCGGUACGCAUUGUACUUGCCCGGCAAGCAUUCGGCGGCGAGGAGCCUGGAGUGAAUGUAGUAGACAACGCGCGGCUUCGCCUCCAGCCCGUCCUGCAGCUGACCGCGUUCUUCGUGCCUCGCUGUCGCGAUCCCAUGUACUCGGGCGACGUCGACGACAUCGCAGUGUUCCUUGUCACCAUUUCCUUGGCGCUAUCCGCACUGGCUCAGUACGCACCCUUCCGUUUCUAUGCUCAUUUCUAUGUUCUCUCUGACGUGGUGUCGUAG